GUUGGAUAGGGGACACGGUAAUCACCUACAAUCUGUCAGUAACCGGUCGCAGAACGUCGGCUGCCGGGUAGUCUCUCCUAUGGCCUGGGUCUGGGUGUAUAUACAGCCACGAACAUGUUUGUCGAGACAUCGAGAUCCUCCAUGACCGUGCAUCUCUUGCGCCUAUCCACUCGACGCAACGUCUUUGAACCAUCAUCAUGUCUUCCGAAACUACCACCACCACUGAUACUACCAGCGACUUUCAACUCCGACCUAUCCCUCAACCGCCUCCCCGUCUCCUCCUGGGCAACCUGACGGACAUCGACAAGGAAGAUGCCAUAGGUUCCAUCACCCAGAUGAUCCGUCGGUACGGCGAGAUCGUCAAGCUCCAAGUCCCCAACGGGCCCAAGAACGGCAGGCUGUUCGUAGGCAGUCAGAGGCUCGUACAUGAGAUAGCCGAUCAGGAGAGGUUCGAAAAGGUCGUCAGUGGGGCUUUGGAGGAGGUCAGGAGUUUGGCUGGGGAUGGCCUGUUCACCGCUUAUAGCAAGGAAGAAUCGUGGGCUAUCGCUCACCGGAUCCUCAUCCCAGCUUUCGGACCCCUGAGUAUCAGGAACAUGUUUGAAGGGAUGGUCGAUAUCGCUACUCAGCUGGUCGACAAGUGGACCCGGUUUGGAGACGCUAGGAUCGACGUGACUGCCGAUUUCACCAGGUUGACUUUGGACACUAUUGCCCUGUGCACCUUUUCUCAUCGGUUUAAUUCCUUCUACACGGAAGCCGAACCUCCCUUUGUCCACGCCAUGGCCUCGUCCCUGCACGAAGCCGGAGUCAGGAACAGGCGGUUACCGGGGACAGGCUGGAUGUUUGGGAAGGCGAAUCAACGGUACAAGGAUGAUAUCGCUUUGCAGCAUCGGAUCGCUGACGAGCUCAUUCAAGAACGGAUCGAGGGGAAGGAUAAUGCUCCGGAUGACCUGUUGAGUACCAUGUUGAACGGCAAAGACCCGAAGACCGGCAAGGGGUUGAUCCCGGAGAACAUUCGAUACCAGCUGGUCACCUUUCUAAUCGCCGGUCACGAAACGACCUCGGGAAUGCUCUCGUUCCUCUUUCAUUACCUCUUGAAGACCCCCCGCGCUUACCAAGCCAUCCGGGACGAGGUCGAUCGGGUCUGUGGCAACGAGUCGGUCCGAUACGAACACCUGCAGAAGUUCAAGUACAUCGACGCGGCGCUCAAAGAGACCCUUCGGCUGAAGAGUACCGCUCCGGCCUGGGCGGUCGUGCCUAAAAAGGACGAGGUGAUCGGCGGGUGCUACAAGGUCGACAAGGGUCAAUCCAUCGUCGUGGUCUUGGACGCUCUGCAUCGAGAUCCCAAGGUCUGGGGGGACGACGUCGAGGAGUUUAGACCGGAACGCAUGCUGGAUGGGCGGUUCGAGGCUUUGCCACCGGACGCUUGGAAACCGUUCGGUAACGGUAUGCGAGGGUGUAUCGGCAGACCGUUCGCCUGGCAAGAAUCGUUGUUGGUCGUCGGCAUGCUCUUUCAACACUUUGAUAUGCGCCCGGACGACCAGUCCUAUCAACUAGCUAUCAAGACGUCAUUGACGAUCAAACCCAAGGGCUUUUACAUGCACGUGAAGCAGCGCAGAGAUCGACUCGUUACCAGCAUCGCGUCGGCUGCCAGUGACUCUCGUCAAGGCCAAGACCAGUCUGACAACGAGCCUCCCGUAUCGCAAGGUAACGGCAAAGGCCCUAAAUUGGCCAUUUACUAUGGAAGCAACGCCGGUACCUGCAAGGCUUUGGCCUACAAGCUGAAAGGCGAAGCGACCCGACGCGGCAUGAACGUCGAGAUUGAACAACUCAAUUCGGUCGCUUCCGGUGAUCUGCCUCGGGACCGCCCUGUGGCGAUCGUGACCGCCAGUUACGAAGGGCAGCCAACAGACGAUGCCAACUUUUUCGUCGAAUGGCUCAAAAAUGCCAAGGCCGACACGCAAAAGGGCGUCAAGUAUGCGGUCUUUGGGUGUGGUCAUCCGGACUGGGCGGCGACGUUUCACGCCAUUCCCAAGUUGAUCGACGACCGUCUGGCCGAUUGCGGGGCCGAGAGGUUGCGCGAUCGAGGCGAAGGGAACGCAGCUGUGGCCGAGCUGUUUGACCAGUUUGACGAUUGGGAAGCCGGGUUCUUGGAAAGAGCCGGCGGACAGGCGAGUGACUCUGAUGGACCCGGACUCACGGCCGACAUCGACAGCGAGAUACGCAAAAACCUGCUCCAGCAGCAGUCGCUGUUGUCGUGCAAGGUCAUCUCGAACGAGGUCAUCAGCAAGGGCGACGUCGACAUCAAGCGCAAGAUCGUCCUCGAGCUGCCCGAGGGGGUCGAAUACCGGACGGGUGACUACAUCGGUCUGUUGCCCGCGAACCCCAUCCCCGUCAUUCAGCGGGUCUUGGUGCGCUUCGGUCUGCACAUGGACGACGUGGUGACCCUGCACGGGACCGCAGGAGCGUGGACGUUGCCACUGGACGUGCCGAUCAGCGCGUUCGACCUCUUGGCCGCGUUCGUCGAGCUCGAAUCGCCGGUGACCUUGAAACAGGUCGAAAAGUUGAAGUCGUACGCCGCAAAGGAAAGCCAAGAACUCGCUCGGCUGGAUGAGUAUUGCAAGCCAGACGUCUUCAAGGCGGAGAUUGGUGACAAGCGGGUCGACCUGUUGUCCCUCGUCGAAGAGUUGGAACGUCUCGACAUGCCGUUUACCGACUUUUUGAUCGCCAUGCCGUCGAUCAAGAUGAGGCAGUACUCGAUCUCUUCGUCUCCCCUUGACGAUCCCAGACGAGCCGCACUCACCAUCGCGGUGAUCGAUGCGCCCCACAUCUCGGGUCGCGGCGUGAGGUACUAUGGGACGGCCACUCAUUUCCUCUCUUCGCUCGUCCCCGGCAGCCUGAUCCGAGCUGGGGUCAAGCCGUCUGGAGAACAGUUUCACCCCCCCGCGGACCCUUCGGUGGACAUUUUGAUGGCGGCGUCUGGGUCGGGGAUCGCCCCGUUCAGAGGGUUCGUGCAGGAGCGAGCGUUGCAAAAGGCCGCCGGACGUCAAGUGGGAAAGGCGAUGUUGUUCUACGGUUGUCGAUCGCCGGAUACGGACCUUCUGUACGACGAGGAGAUGCGAGAGUGGGAGCGGCAGGGGGUCGUCGAGGUUUUCCAUGCGUUUUCUCGAGCUCCGGAAGAGUCUGAGGGGUGUAGAUACGUCCAGGACCGCGUCUAUCACGAACGUAAAGAAUUGGCGGAAAUGUUCAAGAACGGGGCCAAGGUCUACCUCUGCGGCAGCGGACGGAUGGCCGGUGGGGUCAAGGAGACGUGUGCACGGAUCUACGCGGAUUACAAAGAGGUCGAGUUGGAAGAGGGUCGGGAGUGGAUGAAGGCUGUGCAGGCGGAGAGGUUCGCUACGGAUAUUUUCGGUUGAGCGAGGAUGGAGGCAGGGGUAAAGGUGAUUGGCAUGAUUGUGGAAGGGGCAGGAUCGUUCUCGUGGACUAGGUAGUAGAUGAUGCCAGGUCUUGUCGAUUGUCAGAACGACGUUCGUGAAACGGAUUACGUCGUCUGUUUUGCUGCGGAAAGGGUAACUUCGGGGUCUGUCACCGGCGGGCGGGAGGGAGAAAGUGGUCAGAUGUAAGGUUUGGGGGACUCUGGACGACGUACGACGACGUAUAUCGAUCAGCAU